CAAUAAUUUCUCCUAUUGUUAUUUGACUCCUCUAGUACGCAGCCUCUUUAGACAUGCCGCCGUCAGUGCCAAUGGAAGAAAAAGGCAGCGGGAAAGCAACAUAUCGAAGGAAAAAUUCACUCCAGCACAACACCGUUUGCUGAUGCAGCACAAAGAGCAAAUUUCGAGGGCAAACGAGCGAUUCAUCCAGUUCAAGGGAAGAUGGGAGAGGAUGUGAAUGGAGAACCCUACAAACCCUACACGGAGAAAGUUUUGCCCUGUUUAGUUCCUCAUGUUGGCAUGAAAUUUAGAAAUCCAGAAGAGGGUUGGAAGUUUUGGCUGGCAUACGAUGGUCAGAGUGGUUUUGAUGUUAGAAAGCACUAUGCAAACAAAAGUAAGAUUGAUGGAAAGAUAACAUCAUGUAGAUUUGUUUGUGCCAAUGAAGGUCAUAGAGGAAAGGACAAAAGGAGUGAUCAAGUAAAAUGUCAACGAGCUGAAACAAGAACGGAUUGUGAAGUGCGUAUGGGUCUUGCAAAGGAUAAAGAGAUGGAUGGAUAUAAAGUUUAUGAUCUAAAGUUGGAACACAAUCAUGACCUUCACUCACCAGAAACUUUUCACUUGAUGGUGUCACAAAGAAAAAUUUCAGAAUUGCAAGCCUUUGAAAUUGAAGCUGCUGAUGAUUCAGGAAUAGGUCCUAAAGCAUCACACGAAUUAGCAUGUCGCCAAGUGGGUGGACCGCUUAAUCUGAGUUAUACCCUACGUGACCAUAAAAACUAUUUGAGGGGAAAGCGACAACGAGAGAUGGCAUAUGGUCAAGCUGGAAGCAUGCUCAAAUACUUUCAAGAUAAAAUAGCAGAGAACCCAUCAUUUCAAUAUGCGACACAAAUGGAUAUUGAGGAGAAGAUUGCAAACAUAUUUUGGGCUGAUGCUAAAAUGAUUGCUGAUUAUAUACAUUUUGGUGAUGUUGUUUCCUUUGACACUACUUUUGGAACAAAUAGAGAGAGUCGGCCUUUUGGUGUUUUUGUUGGAUUCAACCAGUUCAGAGAAACAGUAGUUUUUGGUGCUGCUCUAAUGUAUGAUGAAACAUUUGAGUCUUUUCGGUGGCUCUUUGAGACCUUUCUACAAGCACAUAAUAGAAAACAACCAAAAACGUUCUACACAGACCAAGAUUUUGCAAUGGGGAAGGCGGUUGAACUAGUGUUUCAUGAGGCAUGGCAUGGAUUGUGCACUUUUCACAUAAUGCAAAAUGCUAUCAAACAUUUGCCUAAACAAGAAAAAGCUAAAGGCUCAAAUGUUCUAGCUGAUUUCAGUGCAUGCAUGUUUGAGUAUGUGGACCAGGAAACAUUUGACAGAGAAUUUGCCAUCUUGAGGACAAAGAUACAAAAGCAAACUUGGUUAGACAACAUUUACAAUUUGAAAGAAAAAUGGGCUGAAUGUUAUAUGAAAGAUGUUUAUACAUUGGGCAUGCGAAGCACACAAUUGAGUGAGAGUCUAAACAAUGAUUUGAAAAUUCACUUCAAAUCAGAUUUUGACAUCAUUCGAUUUUUGAAACAUUUUGAAAGGGUGGUGCAAGGAAAAAGAAAUAAUGAGUUAAACUCAGAAUUUGAAUCGAGGAAAAAAAUACCGAGGGUCAUAAUGAAGAUACCUAUGCUGUUGCAAGCAAGCAAGUUGUACACACCAGUCAUAUUUGAAGCUUUUCAAGGUCAAUAUGAAAGGUCUAUGACAUCAUGCACUAGAGUAUUGGAUGGAAAUAAUGAAUAUCUUGUUGCAACAGGGAGCCUUGGUGAGGAACUUGUCCUUGAUGAAGAGUUUAGAGUUAUUGGAAAUCCUUUGGACCAAACAGCUACAUGCAGUUGCAACUUAUUUAAUAGAAUUGGAAUAAUAUGUGCCCAUGCUUUAAAAGUUCUUGAUUUAAUGAAUAUCAAGUCAUUGCCUACACAAUAUAUAUUAAAGAGAUGGACACGACAAGCAUGUAGUGGCAUUGUACAGGAUAUGAAUGGAAAAAUAUAAUUGAAAAUCCAAAGCUUGAUGUAUUGCUUCGUUAUAGAUAUUUCUCUCACAAACUUCUGAAUUUGGCACAUCGAGCAGCCUACUUUCCAGAGUGCUCUUCACUAAUGGACAACGCAAUAGACCUCCUUAGCCAACAGCUUGAAGACAAAAUUAGUACAUGCCCAAGUAUUUCUAAUGCUGAUCAAAGUGUAGCUCAUGUUGAUGUUGCUCCACCCAAUGACACAUUGAGUAAUGCACGGUUAAAGAAAAAAGAUAUCCGUUAAGAAGUUCAAAGAGACAAAAACUUGGUUGGGAAGAAAAGCACAAAGGGAGGAAAAAAGGUCAAAGGAAAACUUUGGUGUCUGUACAAGUACCAAUGGCACAAGAUAUGGGGAAAGAAGCAAGCAUCGACAAGGGUAAGGACUCUGAAGAAUAUAGGACCAUCAGCUCCUUCACUCAACUACUGAAUGGAGUAGGCAGUGAUGAUCUGAAAAUUGAGGAAUUAUUUUAGUUUUUGGGCAAAUCAAGAGAGCUAGUUUGUUAUUGACACCUGUAUUUUGUUCCUGGAAUUGUAAGGUUUAAACUACACUGCAAAUUGUGGAGUAUUUUGUUAGAAAGUGCACACUGCAAAAACAUUCAGUCUGGAUUGAAUGUUCAGACUAAAACAAAAACGUUCAUCAGGAAAUCUUCAGUGCUAGAAUUCUCAAUAGUAAUUA